AACAUGCACACUGGAGAGAAGGAUGCUGCAGGUUGUCUCUCAGUGUGUCUUGUCUUUGUCUCUUUUCACCCAUCUCUCUUCGGGAACUUUCCCACAUUAAAACACGUUGGACCAUAAAAGGACACGAGGCUCAGUGACCCGCCACCGAAUGAGCAGUUUGGGCCGAGGAGGAGCUCCAACAGCCGGCCAGGAGAUUGACUGAUUGUCCGGAGAAAGGGGACAGGAACCUCCACUUGCUUCUGCGGUGUAACCAGCGAACCAUCUCACGAGAGUGCUUCUUUCGCGCACUUUUAUGGAUGUAACGCCAAAAUAAAAGAUUUGGGAGGGAUAAAACACAUUUUGCCAGUACGUUGUGUUUCACAAGUGUUACACAGUUUACACACUUUUUGUUGAUUUGGACAUUUUUACUGACAGAGCAGGCGGACCUCAAUGCACCAUGAGCUUGUGGACGAACGGCUCCACCGCGGAUGCUAUUGCCGGAAUGCAGGCGUCGCUGUCGGACUCAAACUCUACGUCGAACCGUACCGACACAUCCCCCUACCGCGGCAAACUCGGCGCCGCCCCGCUGGACCUGAGCCGGGCGGUGCCGGUGGGCAUGGUGCUGGCCUCCUUCAUCACAUUCGCUAUAGUGGGAAACCUGCUGGUUAUCCUGUCGGUGGUGUGUAACCGACACCUGCGGAUCCCCACCAACUACUUCAUCAUCAACCUGGCCAUCGCGGACCUGCUGCUCAGCACCACCGUGCUGCCUGUGUCAGCCACUCAGGAGGUUCUGGAUUACUGGGUCUUUGGCCGGAUCUUUUGUGACAUUUGGGCGGCGGUGGACGUCCUGUGCUGUACGGCAUCCAUCAUGUCGCUGUGCGUCAUCUCCAUCGACCGCUACAUCGGUGUUCGAUACCCGCUGCAAUACCCAGUGAUUGUGACAGAGAAACGGGCGCUGCUCGCCAUGUUGGGCGUCUGGAUCCUGGCUAUCGUUAUCUCUAUCGGUCCUCUGCUUGGAUGGAAGCAGCCACCUUCGCAGGAUGACACAGAGUGCGUGAUCACCGAGGAGCCGUUCUACGCCCUUUUCUCCUCGCUGGGGUCCUUCUACAUCCCUCUGGCCGUCAUCCUGGCCAUGUAUUGCCGCGUCUAUGUGGUGGCCAAGCGCACCACCAAGAACCUGGAAGCCGGUGUCAUGAAGGAGCAUCAGCAGGACUCCAAUGAGCUCACCCUCAGGAUCCACUGCAGGAACCAGCAGAUCCAGGACAUGUGUGCUCCCUCCAAAGGCGGAGGGGGGUCGUCGGCCGGCCGCAGCACACUGACCGUCAAGCUGCUCAAGUUCUCCCGGGAGAAGAAGGCGGCCAAGACGCUCGGCGUGGUGGUGGGGAUGUUCAUCUUGUGCUGGUUGCCGUUCUUCUUGGCUCUUCCUAUCAGCUCCUUCAACAGAAACCUGCGUCCUGAUGAAACUUUCUUCAAGGUCAUCUUCUGGCUGGGAUACUUCAACAGCUGCCUGAACCCCAUCAUCUACCCCUGCUACAGCCGUGAGUUUAAACAGGCCUUCAUCCGGAUCCUCCGCUGUCGCUGGAAGCGAAAGCGUCAGGGCUGGCAGGCUUACUACAACUACCGGUGCCAGCAGGGCUCCAACAACUCCACUUCCUUCUUGAACGGAAGCCAGCAAACGCUCUCCUCCGUUAGCCACAGUCCACGCUGCGUCGCCCCCAAGCUCUGCCCACCGGCCUGGUCCUCUAACACUGGCCAUAACCUCCUGCCUGCUGGCCCGGCCUCCCCGCUCACCCAUGAAGUUCAGUGAGACCAGAUUGUGCAAAGGCAGUAAGCGGAGAGCAACAGGUGUUUGUGUGUGUAAAACAAGUGACAACAUUUGGAAAAUAGACUUCAUAAAGACUGACACAGCAGUUGCUGUUCAUCUGUGAUGAUAUCAUCUGGAAGGUGGUUGUAUUUUAAGAUGAUUAUAUUUAUUUAAUGAUGCUUCCUUGGACUUAAAGGCUGUAUAAAGAAUAUUUUUUCGUUAAGAGAGGGCUACUGGAUCUCUAGUGGCAACAAUAACUUGCAUAUCUAGUUUUGGUUGUUUUAAAAACUGUGAACUUUAUGUUUUUGGUAUUAAAGUUGUCAAGAUUUA